GCUAAACAAAAGCUCCUCCUCACUCUCUCUCUCUCCCUCUGGUAAGUAAACAAUGUUACUCCUCCGUCGUGCAACCACCGCACUCCCCAAAACCCUACAAAACCUCCGUCACUUCUCUCCUUCCGCAACCUCCGCACUACCCCUCGACCACACCUUACAAACCCAACUAGACUACCUCCCUGGCUUCCCACAACCCGAUUCAAAACACGCAGAGACAAUCCUAGCCGUUCCUCGGUCCGAUUCCGGCAAGAACAUCUCCGCGAAAGAGCGUAAAGCCGGUCGUGUCCCUUCGAUCAUAUUCGAACAGGAGGAUGGUCAGCACGGAGGGAACAAGAGGCUUGUCUCAGUUCAGACGAAUCAGAUCAGGAAGCUCGUGACUCAUCUUGGUUACUCUUUCUUCCUCUCGAGGCUCUUCGAUGUCGAGGUUAGGGCUGAGAUUGGUUCCGAUGAGGUCGUUGAGAAAGUCAGGGCCUUGCCCAGAUCGAUUCAUUUGCAUUCUGGGACUGAUGCGCCGCUGAAUGUGACGUUUAUAAGAGCUCCUCCUGGGACUUUGUUGAAGGUUGAUGUUCCUCUUGUGUUUAUUGGAGAUGAUGUGUCUCCGGGGUUGAAGAAAGGAGCAUCUCUGAACACGAUCAAAAGAACGGUGAAGUUCCUAUGUCCGGCAGAGAUCAUCCCUCCAUAUAUAGAAGUAGAUCUCAGCCUAUUGGACGUUGGACAGAAGCUAGUAGCGGGAGACCUCAAGGUUCAUCCGGCGCUGAAGUUGGUAAGGCCCAAAGACGAACCAAUUGUUAAGAUCGCAGGAGGACGUGUCAGUGACCAACAAAAGGACCAAGCUAAGAAGGACCAGCCUAAGAAGGACCAAGCAAAGAAAUAAACCGGUGGUUAGUCAUAUUAACCAGUGCAAACCAAAUGUUUCUCAUAGUCGUUUUUUCCAUAAUGUUGAUGAAAAAUUUAUGGAUCAAUCUUUUUAGAACUUGAGAUCCUUUAGGAUGAAAGGUUUUUUUGUGUGUUCUUAGUGUUGCCGGAGAGCUAUAAUUCCGGUAGAAUAUUCUGUCUUUUGAUUCUACAAUGAAUUUUUUUCAUGGAACAAUCCUUAAUAAGAUUUAAC